AUGCUAUACACAGACAGAGGUCCAAGUCCAAGGUCGUCAAUGUCGGCAGCGGCAGCAGGCGGCAGCGCGCCACGGCCAGCCCUCGCGCUGGCGCUUGCGGUGGCGCUCGCACUGACGCUCUCGCCGUCGCCGGCGCAGGCCACGGCGGGCGGGUUCAGCUGCCGCCCCGGCGCGCGGCCGGUGGUGUUCAACUUCGGCGACUCCAACUCCGACACGGGCGGCAUGGCGGCGGCCAAGGGGUGGCACAUCGCGCCGCCGGAGGGCCGCGCCUUCUUCCACCACCCCACCGGCCGCUUCUGCGACGGCCGGCUCGUCAUCGACUUCCUCUGUGAAAGCUUAAACAUAAGCUAUCUGAGCCCUUAUCUGAAGGCAAUUGGUUCUAAUUACAGUAACGGAGUGAAUUUCGCUAUUAGCGGUUCAACAACACUACCACGGGACGCCCUUUUUGUAUUGCAUGGACAGGUGCAGGAAUUCUUCUUCUUUAAAGCCAGAUCCUUGGAACUCAUCAAUCAAGGCCAGGAAGCUCCAAUCGAUGCAGAAGCGUUCCAAAAUGCUCUAUAUAUCAUAGACAUAGGACAGAAUGAUAUUAAUGCUCUUCUGUCCAACUUGCCUUACGACCAAGUAGUCGCCAAGUUGCCUCCAAUACUUGCGGAGAUUAAGUAUGCUGUUCAGCUUCUGUAUGGCAACGGGAGCCGGAACUUCUGGAUACACGGAACAGGGGCUCUUGGCUGCCUGCCUCAGAAGCUCUCUAUUCCACGUAAAAACGACAGUGACCUUGAUCAGAAUGGCUGCCUCAGCACAUACAACAGGGCUGCGGUCGCGUUCAACACCGCGCUAGGCAGCCUCUGCGAUCAGCUGAGUGUAGAGCUGAAAAACGCGACCGUUGUGUACACCGAUCUCUUUGCCAUCAAGUAUGACCUUGUGGCCAACCACACCAAAUACGGUUUUGACAGUCCAUUGAUGACGUGUUGCGGGUACGGAGGGCCACCGUACAACUAUGAUUUGAGCAGGAGCUGCCAGUCUUCGAAUUCAACGGUCUGCGCUGACGGCUCAAAGUUCAUCAGCUGGGACGGCGUGCACCUCACCGAGGCCGCCAACGCCGUCGUGGCUGCAGCCAUACUCAGCUCCACAUAUUCCAGACCAAAGCUCAAGUUUGAUCAGUUCUGCAAAGCCCGAUAG